UCAUUGUAUUACGGUACAUACACUCACUGGCCUCUUUUUUAGGAACACCACACUGGCUAGGAGAGCGAAUCUCCUGUUCUAUUGGAUUCAGAUGUGGUGACUGAUGUGGGAAGCCACUGAAGUACACUGAACUCACUGUCAUGUUGAUAGAAGCAGUUCGAGACAGCUCUGUGACAUGGCGCAGUAUCGUGCUGGAAGUAGCCAUUAUAAGAUGGGUAAAGGGAUGCACAGGGUUGGCAACAAUACUCAGGUAGGCUGUGGCAUUUAAAUGAUGCUUGAUUAAGGGGCCCAGUGUGUGCCAAGAAACCAUUCCCCACGCCAUUACACCAGCCUGAACUGUUGACACAUGGCAGGUUGAGUCCAUGGAUUCAUGGUGUCGAUACCAAAUUCUGACCCUACCAUCUACAUUUUGCAGCAAUAAUCUAGCUUUAUCAGACCAGGUGCCAUUUUUCUGUUACGUUAUCUUCAUUUGUCCAGUUCUGGUGAGCCUGUGCCCACAAGUUCCUGUUUUUGACACUCAUGAAACCCAAAGUGGUCUUUUGCUGUUGUAGCCCUGAUUUGCCUUUCUGCACACCACAGUUGUAAGGAGUGGUUAUAUGAGUUAAUGUAGCUUUUCUGUUGCCAUGAACCGGUCUGGCCAUUCUCCUCUGACCUCUCUCAUCAACAAGGUGUUUCCACCUGGAGAAGUGCCACUAAGCGGAUGUUUACCACUCAGAAGACCAGUGUUGGCUGGAUAUUUUUGGUUGGUGGACUAUUGCUCUACCCAGCUUUCACACUGAUGUGCUGAUAAGCUGUGAACAGCUACAAAUGGACUAUAAUCACUGAUUGUAUGUCUACAGAGUGCAGCUAUAUGGAAGGUUGCCAUAAUAAAGUGAAGCCAGUAAGUUGUUGUUGUUUGAUUAUGACAAAGUGGAGCUGGCCAACAUGAACCGCCUCUUCUUCCAGCCGCAUCAAGCAGGGCUCAGCAAAGUGGAGGCAGCAGAGCACACACUGAGGAAUAUCAAUCCAGAUGUUAUAUUUGAGACGCACAAUUACAACAUAACCACUAUGGACAACUUCACACAUUUCAUGGACCGCAUCAGUAAUGGUGGACUUCAAGAAGGAAAGUGUGUGGAUUUGGUGUUGAGUUGUGUGGAUAAUUUUGAAGCUCGAAUGGCCAUUAACACGGCUUGUAAUGAGUUGGGUCAGACAUGGAUGGAGUCUGGAGUGAGUGAGAAUGCCGUGUCUGGACACAUACAACUCAUCAUUCCAGGGCAAACAGCAUGCUUUGCUUGUGCCCCUCCGCUGGUAGUGGCAGCAAACAUUGAUGAGAAGACUCUAAAGAGGGAUGGAGUGUGUGCUGCCAGUUUACCCACCACCAUGGGCGUCGUUGCUGGGAUCCUUGUGCAGAAUGUCCUAAAGUAUCUGCUUGGGUUUGGAACAGUGAGCUUUUACCUGGGCUAUAAUGCCAUGCAGGACUUUUUCCCUACUAUGGCCAUGAAAGCCAACCCACAGUGUGAUGACAGACACUGCAGGAGGCAACAGGAGGAGUACAUAAAAAAAGAAGCUGAGCGUCCUAAACAGGAAGUAGCGGAGGAGGAAGAGAAAGUAGUGCAUGAAGAAAAUGACUGGGGUAUAGAGCUGGUAUCUGAGAUCACAGCGGCAGAGCUUCAGGAUGCAUCAGGUCCAAAGCCAGAUUUACCAGAGGGCAUAACUGUAGCCUACACCAUCCCCAAUAAGGAUAGAGAAAUAAAUUCAGGAGAGACUGUGGAGGAGACAGACCAGAGUUUAGAGGAGUUGAUGGCUCAUAUGAAGAAGUUGUAAAGGCAGAUUGUCUCUUGAUUUCGCAUACAGACACAAGCUCCUCUCACUGUGUUCUGAGGCACUACAAUACAUGAAGACAUUAUAUACAGUCUUAUUCUUUUCACGUUAAGAAUCUUCUCUUUACUUACAAAGACAUUACAGCUGCAGCUAAUGGCACACACUGACCAAGAUUUCUCCAUUCAUCAAGAUUUUCCAAACCCUGGCUAGAAAGAUAAAUGGGGAUGUUGAUUAUUUAAACACUGUAAAUGAAAACUGUGUAUUAAUGAGAUUUCAUUAUUGUUUGCUCUCUAUAGUCAUAGUGCUAAACAUUCACUGCUCAGCUGAAAAUGAAGUAGCACAGAGAAUUGUGAGGAUUUGUUUUUUUCCAUCACUGUUAAAUCUUUCGAACUGGACAUUUUCUGUCAUUUCAAUUGCUCAAAGAUCUUUGAGCUCGUAGCUAGAUCAAUAAAGUAUUGUUCAAUAAAAGUAUUUGUUCAAUAAACUAUUUAUUGACAUUCAAGGGAACAUCAUACACAA